AUGGAUCCUGAACAAAGCCAGAAGAGCACAAAGAAGGCUGAGGAAAGUCCAAGAAAGAGGCUUCCCAAAGGAGAGGCUUUCCAAGCCAGUAUUUCAUCCGCAGCUACGUACCAGGGCAGCUCUGCUUCUUCGCAAGGAACCCCUCUCCGAGAUAUCAUAUCACAGCAGCACUUUUCUGGUUCUUUGCCGAUUCCAAGAGAGGAGUCUCAGGAGAAGACUGGACAUCAGAAGCAACCUAAGCCUUCCUCUUUUGAGCAUCCUCCCCACGUUUCACAGCUUCAGCAGCACGCACUGUCACCAGCAUUUAUGUCUCCUGGGAAACCAGAGCAUGUCCUUGAAGGUCCCACAUGGCAGCUAGUUGAUCCAGUAAGACCAGGUCCCUCUGGCUCCUUUUCGUCACCUGGGCUUCACUCUCACCACGGCCAGCUCUUACCUUCCCAUUCACCGAUCAUUCCUGGAGAGGACAUGCCGUCCGUUCAAAAGGUCUAUAUCCCUCGCCCUUCACAGGUUUCCUUAAAACAAGCUGAGGAAGUGCACAAGAAGGAAAAGAAACCUCAGAAGCCAGGCAAAUAUAUUUGCCAGUACUGCAGCAGGCCUUGCGCGAAGCCAAGUGUGCUCCAAAAACAUAUCAGGUCACACACGGGUGAGAGGCCAUACCCUUGCAUUCCAUGUGGCUUUUCUUUUAAGACGAAGAGCAAUUUGUAUAAACAUAGGAAAUCUCAUGCUCAUCGAAUAAAAGCUGGGCUGGCCUCAGGGAUCGGAGCGGAGAUGUAUCCAUCGAGCUUGGAAAUGGAAAGGAUCGGCGGGGAGGACUUCGAAGAGCCAACAGAAGGGGAAAGCACAGAUUCAGAGGAGGAAACGGGUGCAAUGUCGGGCCAUUCAGUAGAGCUCUCACCCAGGCAGAAGCACAGCCUGUUGUCCAGUAGUUUGCUGAGUGGAGGGAGCCAAGGCUCCAGCCACGACCGGUGUUCAUUGUCUCAUUCCAGUAUGUCUCAGUCUCUUGAGGACAGCACCCAGUUUGUGGAGCCAUCGUCAGACCAUGCUCUGAGCCAUAAAGCUGAAGAUACCCAUACUAUAAAGCAGAAGCUUGCACUCCGCUUAAGCGAACGGAAGAAGGUCAUAGAUGAACAAGCUUUCCUGAGCCCUGGGAGCAAAGGGAGUACCGAGUCAGGCUACUUCUCAAGAUCAGAAAGUGCAGAGCAGCAGAUCAGCCCACCAAAUACUAAUGCAAAAUCUUAUGCAGAAAUUAUUUUUGGGAAGUGUGGUAGAAUUGGGCAAAGGACUGCAGCGUUAGCUGCAAACACAACCCAGGGGUUUCCGCACCUGUCUACCGAAGAGAAACCUAGUAUGGUACCGUUAUCUGUGCCUAGAACACAGGUUAUUGAACACAUCACUAAGCUAAUUACAAUUAAUGAAGCUGUUGUAGAUACCAGUGAAAUAGAUAGUGUUAAGCCUAGAAGAAGCUCUUUGUCUAGACGUAGCAGCAUUGAAUCUCCAAAGUCUGGUGUAUAUAGAGAACCGUUCCAGUUUGAUAUCAAGUCUGGUUCCAGUAGCCAGUUGGAUGCAUCAAAAGUGUUGACAUCCCACGGUGAAAAAAUUAAGCCCGAACAAUCAUUGUUGUCACUUCAGCAAUCCCACAGUGCCACAGAGACAGUGCCUCUCCUAAGAAGCCACUCAAUGCCUUCUGCUGCAUGCACUAUAAGCUCCCCACAUACCUUUAGAGGUAGCUAUUCAUUUGAUGAUCACAUCAUGGAGCCCGCAGUCUUAAGCCGCAGUCAAGCAUUUUCUUCCCAUCCUCGAAUGCUAAAACGACAACCAGCUAUUGAGCUACCUUUGGGAGUAGAAUACGUCUCCGAGGAGGUUAGCUCUGCAAACAAAGAAACUGUUUCCAAACCUCCCGAGGAGUCUGAAACCAAGGAAAGCGAUCUUACCAAAAAGUCACGGAAGGGUCCGAAAGUUAAAGGGUUCAUGUACGAGUGUAACAUAUGUGGUGCUCGGUAUAAGAAAAGGGACAAUUACGAAGCUCAUAAGAAAUACUACUGUUCAGAACUGCAGCUUUCAAAGCCUCGUUCUUCCACUUCCCAUACCUCUUCAGAGACUGAGAAAAGUGUUGCAGAUCCCGACACAUGGCCCCAGAUGAUGCAUUACAAGCUAGGGAGCAGUUUGGAGCUCACUCCGCUCCGAAAAAGACGAAAGGAAAAGAGUCUCGGUGACGAUGAGGAACCUCCAGCUUUUGAGUUGUCUGACACUCCCUCCUCCAGUACUGGGCCAGGGACUCAGUUUGCAAAUCCAGCAUCAUCUGAUGUCGCUUUAAACCUGACCCGUGAAUCCAUUAAGUCACCAGCAGAUCCGGGUAAAUCCGCACCUUCUGAUGUCAGUGCCAGCUUUCAUUCCAGGAAUACCAAACCGGCUUCGAGUGCAGAGGGCAAAGAGAGAAAAACAACCUCAAAGGAGAUCUCUGUCAUCCAGCAUACGAGCUCCUUUGAGAAGUCUGACUCUAUCGAGCAGGUGAGCAGCUUGGAAGGAGAAGACAAACCCUUGUCACAGUACUCAUCUCAGCCAACACCCCAGCACAGCCGUCCGCCUCACUCCCUGCAGCCCAAGCUGGUACGCCAGCCCAACAUCCAAGUCCCAGAAAUUCUGGUCACAGAAGAGCCUGACAGACCAGAAACGGAGCCAGAACCUCCUCCAAAAGAGCCAGAGAAAACGGAGGAAUUUCAGUGGCCGCAGAGGAGCCAGACCCUUUCUCAACUCCCUGCAGAGAAACUCCCACCAAAAAAGAAGAGGCUGCGGCUGGCAGAAAUGGCUCAGUCCUCUGGAGAGUCCAGUUUUGAAUCUGUCUCUCUCACCCGAAGCCCAAGUCAAGAAAGCAGCAUAUCCCACAGCUCCAGCCACUCUGUCUCGUUUGACCGUGAAGAUCACAGCAAGUCAGAGUCAACUAGCCAGCCCUCUGAAUCCCACCCAAAGCCUCCUGGCGUUGGCUCACAUAUGUUGAUGGUACCGAGCCACCAUCAUCAUUCCAGGGAAAUGCGGAGAUCUGCUUCUGAGCAGACACCGAAUGUGUCCCAUCCUUCCCAGAUGUCAGAGACGCGCAGUAAAUCAUUUGACUACGGGAGCCUGUCAUCCACUCCUGCCUCAACCCCCGGCCCCUCAACCUCCUCGGCUCCACAGGAGAGAAGGAAAUGCUUUCUAGUUAGGCAAGCAUCCCUCACUAGACACCCAGAGCAUGAGCCAGAUGCGGCCCCAACAGGCCGGCCAGAGACAGAAGAUCCCAUUCCUUCAUCAAGUAAAUCUCCUUCGACAAGUUUGCCUCAUCAGCCGAUAUCUUCAUCCCCUUUGCCUUCUCAUGGUACUUACCCAAGUGAAAAGAGUCAGCCAAAAGACAGCCCUCAGCCAGCAUAUACCCAGCCAUACACAGAAGCUCUGCAAGUGUUUCAUCAUCCCGUACCACAGCUAACGCUGCAUGAAAAGCAGUUCAUGUCCCCACAAGUUUCUAUCUUACCACAGCCAGGGCAGUCUGCAGAGCUCUUUGCCGCACACACUAUGUCUGACAUCCUCUCUGCUCAGUUCACCAUGCCUCAGAUUCCUCCUUCCAUAUUUCAGACCCCACCACUGCCUCUCCCGCAAACUCUCAUCCACCCAAAUCCGCUUCAUAUUGCUCCUCCAUUAAUGUCUCACCCUGCCGAGGUGCCAUUCAGGCAGCAUCCUUCAUUCCUGCCGGUGCAUUACCCUGGCUCCUCACCAAUCCCUUCAGCCUUUUUUCUGCCUCUUCAGUCUCAGUUUGCUCUCCAGUUGCCAGGUGAAGCUGGUGGACAUUUACCGCAGAUCAAAUCCAGUUUAUUCCCAGCAGCAGGAACCUCCAGUCUUUCCCCAUGCACAGAAUAUGGCUCAGACAAUAGGUUGCAUCCUCUGACCUGCACAGCAAGUCCUUCGGUGUCUGUAUCCGCAUCUCAGCUCGUUGUUCCUACGCAGUCAGACCCAAUGGUAUCACUUGUUGUCCCUGUUCGCAUACAGACAAAUAUGCCGUCCUAUGGGAGUGCGAUGUACACAACGCUUUCCCAGAUUCUGGUCACUCAAUCCCAGUGCAGUUCCUCUUCUAUCGUUCUCCCAAAGUUUGAUGAUCGCCAACCCAAGGGUACCUUGGUCUGUAGCGCUGAUGUUCAUGGACUAGGUUUCGAUCUGGCACAGAUGAUCACAGAGGAUCAAAGAAGCAUUUUCCAGAGCCCAUAUCUGAGAGUGCCCUUACCCUUACCAGAACGAAAAGGCUAUAUGCCGCUCACCUCCCCAUCAGACAGCGUCCUCGGACUGGAAGGAGGCCCAUCAACAGUUGGUGGAAGCAAAAGGAUGCUCUCUCCAGCUGGUAGUUUGGAGCUGACAAUGGAAACACAACAGCAGAAGAGAGUGAAAGAGGAGGAAGUGUCUGAAGCAGAAGAGAAGUUAGAAGUGGUGAAGCCACCCAGUGCAAUAGAGGAAGGGAAAAAGCAGGAUAAAUCUCACUUUCUUGAAGAAAGCCAAGGCAGGGUUGAGGUUGAAACGCCACCUAGUUUGACUUUAGAGCAGUCAGAGCCAAAGGAAAUCCCAAGUACUUUGCAGCAAGCUGUGUCCCAUUCAGGUUCUCCAAGUUUUGAGGCACUGGAAGAGUAUAAGCAGCCAUCUGGCAAGCAGUUCCUCAGCAAGGCACCUUUGCAACCCGUGAAGAAAGAAGACUCCAAAGAACUGGUGGAGCAGUCUCCACCAGACCCUCCAAGCCCUGCACCUCUGUCUGAGGUCACUCAUAGUGCAAUGAAGUCUCGAGAAGGUACAGAUACGAAGAAGGUACUUCAGUUCCCCAGUCUCCACACAACCACUAAUGUCAGUUGGUGCUAUUUAAACUACAUAAAACCAAAUCAUAUCCAGCAAGUUGAUCGACGGUCUUCAGUGUAUGCCAGCUGGUGUAUUAGCUUGUAUAAUCCUAACCUUCCAGGUAUAUCCACUAAAGCAGCCCUGUCCCUCCUGAGGUCCAAGCAGAAGGUGAGCAAGGAAACCUACACCAUGGCUACUGCUCCACGUCCAGAGGCAGGCAGGCUUGUCCCGUCCAGCUCCAGGAAGCCAAAAAUGACAGAGGUUCAUUUGCCUUCGCUCCUUUCUAAUGAAGGUCGAAAAGAUAUAACUAGAGCUGAGAAGGAAGAGGAUAAAAGAGGAAAAUCAGAAGAAGAGGCUCUUGUAACCAAAAGAGGGGAGCCAGUCAGGAUCAAGAUCUUUGAAGGAGGGUAA